AUGUCUCUCUCCAACAAGCUCGCCAUCACUGACAUCGACCUCAAGGAUAAGCGCGUUUUGAUCCGAGUCGACUUCAAUGUCCCGCUUGAUGCCGAUAGAAAGGUCACCAACAAUCAGAGAAUAGUCGGUGCUCUACCUACCAUCAAAUACGCCAUUGAACAUGGAGCCAAAGCCGUCAUCCUCAUGUCCCACCUCGGUCGUCCGGACGGCAAGAAGAAUCCCAAAUAUAGUCUGAAGCCUGUCGUCCCCGAGCUCGAGAAGCUUUUGGGCAAGAGCGUCAUAUUCACCGACGACUGCGUUGGUCCUGAGGUUGAGGAGGUUGUCCACAAAGCCAGCGGCGGCCAAGUUAUUUUGCUCGAGAACCUGCGUUUCCACAUCGAGGAAGAAGGGAGUGCUAAAGACAAGGAUGGCAACAAAGUUAAAGCCGACAAGGACGAUGUUGCCAAGUUCCGGAAGGGUCUGACAGCGUUGGGUGAUGUGUAUAUCAACGACGCCUUCGGCACUGCUCACCGAGCUCACAGCUCAAUGGUCGGAGUAGAGCUACCUAACAAAGCAUCUGGCUUUUUGAUGAAGAAAGAACUCGACUAUUUUGCUCAAGCUCUCGAGAAACCCAAGCGGCCAUUCCUUGCCAUACUCGGUGGUGCAAAGGUCUCAGACAAGAUCCAGUUGAUCGACAAUUUGCUUGGCAAGGUCAACAUCCUGAUCAUUUGCGGCGGUAUGGCAUUCACGUUCAAGAAGACCCUGGAGGGCGUCAAGAUCGGUAACAGCUUAUUCGAUCAAGCCGGAAGUGAAAAAUGCGCCGAGCUGGUGGAAAAGGCCAAAAAGAACAACGUCAAGAUCGUCUUGCCUUGCGACUACAUCACGGCCGACAAAUUCGAUAAGGAUGCAAACACCGGCACCGCGACAGACGCCGAAGGCAUUCCAGAUGGAUGGAUGGGUCUUGACUGUGGCGAAAAGAGCAUCGAAUUGUAUAAGGAAGCCAUCGAUGAGGCCCAGACGAUCCUGUGGAAUGGACCUCCGGGAGUUUUUGAGUUCGAAAAGUUCGCCAACGGCACUAAACAGACCUUGGAUGCUUGCGUGAGUGCAGCCCAGGCCGGGAAAAUUGUCAUCAUUGGUGGAGGUGACACAGCAACUGUCGCCGCGAAGUAUGGAGUGGAGGACAAACUGAGCCACGUAUCAACCGGCGGUGGUGCGAGCUUGGAAUUGCUGGAGGGCAAAGCUCUACCAGGUGUGGUUGCCCUGUCGAGUAAGUAA